AGAGAACGCCCAGAUCACGCGGAGUGCCUCGGACACUUAACAGACUGGCUCCGGCACAGGCGGCAGAUGCACUGUUGAAGUGUCAAGUGCAAAGCCUCGUUGAGUAACUAGGGAUCAAGAUUCAUUCAAGGCGCACACACACACACAGCACGAGCACGGGCAGUAGAACGACCCAGAGCUGCAUAGCUAGCUUGGCUACCAACAAGCAUGGAGCCGCAGCGAGGAGAGGAGCAGCUGGUGCGGGGGAAGAGAAACACUGGCAGCAACGACGCCGGCGCUGUAGAUAUCGCCGCAGGCCUCGGCGCAGCGGCUGGCCUCUGUUCCGGCGCGGCGGCAGCUUCUUCCGCCCGCAUCGCGCUGGAGCAGGAGGUGCUGUACCGCGCCGACCUGCAGCUGCAGGGCGCUGGCACCGGCGGCGACCGGCGCAGGGAGCGGAUGAUCAAGAACCGCGAGUCGGCGGCGCGGUCCCGCGCGCGCAGGCACGCGUACACGAACGAGCUGGAGAAGGAGGUGAGCCUCCUCCGCGAGGAGAACGAACAGCUAAAAAAGCUCUGCGACGAGCUGAAGGAGGCAGCGGAGGUGCCGGUGCCGGUGAAGAGGACUCCCCAUCUGCAGAGGACGUCGUCCGCGCCAUUCUAGCCAAAAAAAGUUCGGUGGAGGGAGGGUGCAUCCGCUUGCACAAAAUGGUAAAUGCUGUUUCCUCAAACACACCACGUUUUGGGGAAGAAGCCGAUGAUUGAUGGAGCUGGUGGUAGGGUAGCGUACCCACUGUGAAAUGAUGCUGCCUGCCUCGUUGCCUCUCUCUCUCUCUCUCUCUCUCUCUCUCUCUCUCUCUCUCUCUCUCUCUCUCUCUCUCUCUCUUCCUGUUGUCUGCUUUGACCCCACGCAUGCGCGCCCCUCUGUGCUCGUCGAUUACUACUUCAAUUCACAUGCAGGUUUCUGAAUUCUGAUUAAUUUGUUGCAAACGUACGGUUUCAUCCAAAAUAUAUAGCUCGAUCAAGCCAGCAUCAGCUCCAUGUCGAUCCAAUUCAUCCAUUGUGCAUGCAUGUCCAAGUUUCUGCGAACUGAAAUUAUAGAGGGUUUUACGACUUUUCUUGCAAAGAAUAGUACUAACUGAGGACUGCUGGUUGCAUUCUUUGCGUCUCAGCUUUCACA